UCACACGCCCACUUUGAGUCUUAUCAUGUACAUGAGUCAAUCCAGCAACACUGCCUUUACAUGUACAGCUCAAUGGAAAAUGUGGCUCACCCAGGUCUUCUGUGUGAUAUAUUUCACUGCUGUUUGUGCAGCUGAGGAUCCUCAAGAUGAGCCUCCCGUACCAUCUCUGCAGCUACAAUCCACCUGGUUGGAUGUGUUCCCUUCUGAGAAAGUGGAGUUCAGAUGUGAUGUUGCUGGAAGCUCCGACUGGAGCUUCACCUGGAAACAGAAUCAAGGGCAAGUGGAAGCUUCAGAUCCAAAUGUGUCACUGUUUAAAGAUGGUUCAAUUCUUACAGUGACUGCAGCAGACCCAAACUAUUCUGGAAGUUAUUCCUGUAAAGGCCAACACAAAACACAAGGCAAUUAUACUGCAGAUAGUGAGCCACUCCAACUCACAGUUCAUCCAAACAAACCCAGGCCCACUAUGAGCCAAAAGCCAAACUUUAACAAGAUGUUUCCUGGAGAGUCUGUCACCUUCACUUGCAAAGUCGAUGGGUCCUAUGGAUGGGAAUAUCUGUGGUUCCAUGAUGGAAAAGAAAUCUAUGCAUCUAGCUCUUACACCAUAAAUUCUGUUGGUCAUCCAAACAAAGGACAGUAUCGCUGUCAAGCCAAGAGAGGAAAAAUCCCAUUCUACUCAGAGAAGAGUACACCAACAGUUCUUCAAGUCUCUGAUCCACCUACACCCUCUCUGAAGUUGCAGACUUCUUGGCUGGAUGUGUUCGAGGAGGAGAACGUGGCAUUUAGCUGUGAAGUUGGCAUUUCUGACUGGACAUUCACCUGGUACAGGAAUGAAGAGAAGCUCCAGGAUGACUCUGCCCUGACAAUUGAUGAUGAAGGAACACUGCUCAACAUCACAUUGGUCAAUAAAGCCCAUGAAGGAGUGUAUGCCUGCAAAGCUUACCUUGAAGCCCGAAAUGUCAACUCUGGAUUCAGUAACACAGCUGCUGUCACAGUUUAUGACAACACGCCAAAACCAACUUUGCACAAAGUUCCUGUUUUCAACCGCAUGUAUGUUGGAGAAACAGUGAACUUCACGUGCAUUGUUGAUGUGUCUUCUGGCUGGGAGUAUCAGUGGUACAAAGAUGGUGGGGAUCUGCCUGCCACCAGCAAAAGCAAUGCCAUUCGUCUUGAUCGUUCCAAUGCGGGGAAAUACUCGUGCAUGGCCACCAGGGGCAAAAGCAUGUCAACCGAUGUCAGUGAGGAAAUGCAACUAGAUGUUCUUGAAAUUCCUGUUCCUUCCUUGAAACAAAUGACACCGUGGUUGGAUGUCUUUCCUGAAGAGAGUGUGCAGCUGAAGUGUGAGAUGGAUCAACACACUGGAUGGACUUAUACUUGGUCCAGAGAUGAACGGGAGGUCAAGGCUGACAGUGUUGUGUCUUUUGACCUGAGUGGAUCCCUUCUUUCCAUCAAGUCUGCUUCGGCUGCACAUAAAGGACAAUAUAAGUGCAAAGGACACCUGAAAGAAAGGUCUGUCAGCAGCAACUCUAGCUCUGGACUAACUCUCAAGGUGUAUGACGAGAAACCAAGUGUCACUCUGAUGCAGGAUCCAGACUACAAGGUGAUGUUCCCUGGGGAGUCAGUCUCCUUUAGCUGCCACACUAAUGUUGCCUCUGGGUGGGAGCUCAUGUGGUACAAAGAUGAGAAAGAACUUUCCGGAUCCAAAACAAGAUAUCAAAUCAUCCCUGUCAGCACAGAAAAUGCAGGAUCAUAUAAAUGCAGGGCAAAGAGAGGAACUGCAGAAGUCUUCCACUCCGACUACAGCCAAACUAUACAACUUCAAGUUAAAGAGAACAAGCCUAAACCCUUGAUGACACAACAGCCUAUCGUAGACAAGGUGUACGUUGGAGAGUCAGUGUCCUUUGAAUGUAAAGUUGAACUCUCAUCUGGUUGGGAGUACGUCUGGUACAAAAAUGAAGAAGAACUUAUCAGGAGCAGCAGAUUCACCAUCAAUGCCACUCUAUCAGACAAAGGGGUUUAUAAGUGCAAUGCCGUAAGAAACAAAAAAUUGAACACAGAGUUCAGUGAUAACCGGACUUUACUCAUAUCUGAAAUUCCUGUCCCAUUAGCACAGUUAAAAACAUCUUGGUUGGAUGUGUUCCCCACUGAAAGCGUGAAGUUGAGCUGUGGGAUGAAUGGCAGCUCUGACUGGAUGUAUACAUGGUACAAAGACAAACAGAAAGUCCAGCCUGCUAAAACCACACAUUUGGACUCCGAUGGCACUCUUUCCAUUGUCUCUACUUCAGUCUCCCACCGUGGACGAUACAGCUGCUCAGCAAAACUCAAGAACAGGUCUGUCGACAGCAGCCGCAGCUCUGAACUAACACUCAAUGUUUAUGAUACAAAACCCAGAGUCACACUGACACGGACGCCCACGUACAAUGUGACACACACUGGAGAUUCAGUCUCCUUCCGCUGUCACAUUAAUGUGUCUUCUGGAUGGGAAUACAUGUGGUACAAAGAUAACAGCGAUAUUGUUGAAUCUGGAAACAAUCACAACAUCACAUCUGUUGCCAUCAAGAACAGUGGCUCAUAUAAAUGCCAGGUUAAAAGAGGAAGUGAAGAGGUUUUUCACUCAGACCGGAGUGAGGCUGUAAAUAUCAACAUCCUAGAGCGCCCACAGGCUAAUAUAAUCCUCUUAACUGGCUGGUCAGAGGUCUUCUCUACUGACAGCUUGGUACUCAAAUGUGGGGUCCAGGACAGCCUGGACACGUGGAACUACACAUGGUUUAAAGAAGACAAACCAAUAAACCAUCCACCCUCUGAGAAACACAUAGUCACACCUCAGGACAACCCUGAGCAGAGUCAGUACACUUGCCAGGGCAUUCGCGACGGUAGACCAUCUUAUUCCAAAACCAGUCAACACUUCAUGACCAAGAACCUUCUUUUGAAGAGGAGGGUGCUUCUUUCCAUCUCUGGCUGUAUCUUCUUUGGGAUCAUCGCGGUUUUCCUCGGCUGCAUUAUCCUCAGAGUCUUCCGCAAGCCAGCUGAUGAUGACGAUAGGCCAGAAGAGGCAGACCUCUUCUUCUCCAUGCCUCAGCUAAAGGGAGCUGAUGUGCCCAAUACCCUGGUUGACUACAUCACAGAUGCAACCCUGAAUGCUUCAUCUAAAGAAGUCGAAGAGAACGGCACACUUUGCAGUGAAACAACACCAUUACCGAUAUCUUCACAGGAAGACCAAGAUGUAAAGACAGAGAGCCAUGAUACAGCAAAAAACAACGGCGGGCUGGUUUCCUUUAUGCAAUGAGGCGCUGAAGCUCUGUUUGUGUCAGCAUAUAACAAGUCUGUCGGUUGGUUAUAGCGCAGUCUAGGCCUGUGAAGGCCGUUUCGUCAUGAGCCGGGGAUCCGGCCGAAGAUUUCUGCCUUUUAAUAAGGCAGUUUUUUCUUACCACUGUAACUUUUGCUGCUUUGCUAAAGUGCUCAUGAUGGAUAGGCCGGGUCUUUGUAAUAUAGCAAUAAGUAAGGUCUUUUACCUGCUUUUUGUAACAUAACAAUGAGUAAGGUCUUUUUACCUGCUCUUUUGUAAUGUUAACAGACAAAGAGUAAGGUAUUUUACCUGCUUUUUGUAAAGUGUCUUGAGAUAACACUUGUUAUGAGUUGACGCUAUACAAAAUAAACUGAAUUGAAUUGAAUUGAAUUGAAUUAUAGUCGAUUCGCACUUCAAAAACUAAUUUUUGAAUGAAUGAUAACUCGAGAGACGAUUUUGCUAUUGUGUAAUGCUUACCACCAUGGAAGAGAAAGAAAUUUGGCCUAAGAGUGAAAUUCAGGGAAGCCUGAACUUUGCAUGUAAGACUCAUUCUCUCGGGCUCAUGGUCACAUGACAUGGUCAAGCUUUCAGCUUCAACUUUGCUUUGACCUGAAUGCUAAUAUUGUAAGUUUACUAUCUAAGAAUUAGCCUUAAUGUCUUAUAUUUAGUUUGAAAAAAUAGAUUUUCGUGAAUUUGGCUUCUGUACUCUGUAAAGAAUGAGCCAGCGAGACACGAUGUCUGGAGGGAUUUGGUUUGAAUGUUGGAAAAGAAGGUGACACACUGACGCAGCAUACUGUUGCUACUAAAGAUCAACAUUGGUGGAUGAGUGGAUUCUGUAACUCUAUUGGUAGAUAUUUGUUGAUUUAGGCAUCAUCCAUAGGUCGUUCUUAACAAGGAGAAAACAUGGCACAGUGUUUCAUACAAGAAUUCAAAGAAAUGUAAAUGGUUAUAUAAAAUGACAUAUUGGCAUAUGCUGUUUAAAUAGCAUGAUACAAACAUGAAUAUGAGCUUACAGGGUUCAAAGGCAGGUCACAUUUCAUUCUCACCUUUAAGGUAAUUUAUUGUAGAGAUAUGUUUGAAACCGUGGGGCGUGUGGGUUAUAUCAGUGUCAUUCGAAUUCAUCUGAUAUUUGAUGAGAUAUUGACUAACAUAUGAGAUUAUGACAUAUUGAUGUGUUGAGAUGAAUUUUUCUGCACUCAAAAUAACUUUGUAUCACAAUACUGUUGAGAACUGUAGAUAAUUUAGUCACGUUUUAUCCAUGAUUUAAAUUGUUGAAGGUACUUAAAGGAAGACUUAACAAUCAACCUUUAGAACAUGUUUUAAUUAUUGGAAGAAACAACAGAUGUUAGUAAAUAUUAGUCUUGUUCAAAGUUUAGUGACCAUUGUAUGAUAUUUAUCUUUAGUACAGAAAUGCCUUUCAAACAUUUAGUGCCUCUUUAUGAAGUUAUCAAAAUAAAAAAAAAUACAAAAAUGUU